AUGAUGAAGUUUUGGAAAAGUGCAGCGAAAGGUAAAAGUGGAUGCCCUGUGCGCCCUCCAGAAAUAAAAAAGACAGAAAGACCUGAUAUCAAAAGUUUUAUUAAUACACAGAUUUUACUUGAUCAUGAUGAAGAUUCCAAACAAAUGUUUGAAAAAUCUUCUAAACUGUCAUUAAAUUUACAUGAUAUUCUUAAUGACAAGAAUGCCAUAAAAUACUUUAUACAAUUCUUGGAAACAAUAGGAAAAAAUGUACUCAUAAAAUGUUGGUUGGAAAUAGAAGAUUUUAAAAAACUAUUAUCCAAUACCAGAAAUGCUAAUGAGAAUACGAAUAAUUAUUUAAAGAUAUGCAGAACUCAAAGUUUGGAUCUUCAGUGCCAGUGUUUAUUGAAACAAAACUAUAAAGAUAAGUCACAAAUAUUCAAUUGGAAGGACAAUAGUGAUAUUUUUACUAGUACUAGCAAUUCAAAACAAUUGAACAAUUGCUCUAUAAGUUCAUGUGGAAACCUAACUGAACAUAAAUUGGAAAACAUAGACUCUACCAGUUACAGUAGUCAACAAGGAAGCAUUACUGAGCAGGCUGUAAAAUUAUUCAAAAAAUAUGUUGCUUUAGAAGCUCCAUACCAACUUGACUUACCAGACAAUUAUAGAAAAUGCAUUAUAUCUAACAUAUGCCAGCCUGAAGGCCAGAUAAAAGAAGACUGCUUUAAACCGGUACAAGACAUUUUGUUUAACCAAAUGGAAUCCCAAUUCAAUGAUUUUAUUAGCAGUCCAUAUUAUAUUAAAGCACAAAUUGAUGUAUUAACCAGUGGCUCCCUUAAUCUCACAGAUAUUAUACAUAACGAAACAAUCCUAUUCUAUUUCACAGAAUUUCUGGAACAGGAAUCUUGUAGGGUAUUAUUAGAAUUUUUAAUGGCCAUUAUGCACUUUCGAGAUAAUUUAAUGAAUGCCAAUAUGACAAGCUCUGAGCAAGCUCAAGCUGAUGCUAUAGUCAUUUAUGAUAAAUAUUUUUCUCUGCAAGCCACAAACCCAGUUGGGUUUCCUACAGACAUUAGACUAAAAAUAGAAAGUGAUAUAUGUAGAGAAGAAGGGCCACUGCCAACAUGUUUUGAUUUGCCUUAUCAAAUUGUAUUCAAGACACUAACUCAAUAUGUUAAAACAUUUUUAGAAUCGGAACUUUAUUUUAAGUACCUUUCAGAAAUGAUACAUUCUGUUGAUAAUAUGUGGUCAUCUAACCACAAGUCUCAUUCUGAUUGUAGCAGUGAAUUUAGUAUUAGCACACAAAAUACUCUUCUUGCCAUGGGAGACCCUGUCUUCCUUAAAAAGAAACGUAAUCUCUCUGUACCUGACAUGACAAUAGACUCGAAUCAGCUUUAUAAUGCUGAUGCCCUAUGGCAAAGAAGACACGAUGGCUUAAGUCUAGGAAGAGUUAAUAGUUUAGGUAGGUUUGAAUCAAAGUUUGAACCUGACCCUGAUAAAAAAGAUAGAUCUGUGCUAAGGAAAAUGGUGAGCCGCUUUGUGCCUAUGAAUACAUCUAAGGUUGAAGAGGAAAUGGCCUGGCAAAUAGCCCAUAUGAUUGUAAAAGAUGUAACAGAUUUAACUAUGGCCCCACCGGAAAAUGAUCAUGAUAUGUGA